AUGCCGGAUAUCAAUUCCUUGGACUGUGCUCGUCCUCUCGGCGGUGCAGUAGCUGCCCAUAGCUACUCUUCGCAUCCAGAGCCCGAUGUUGAGGAUCUGUCUGGCCAUGAAGAAAUCCCUGGCCAUCCUCUGGGCGUGAAGCCUAGUGGCAAUGCUUUGCUCGCCGCAGAGAACCUGCGCCAUGCAAUUGGCACUUUUAACAUCCUACCGGAUGAGUUGAUAUUGAUGUUGCUCGAAUACCUCGAUGGUCCCAGUCUGUUGAAUAUUGGACAGACGUGCAAGGCAUUUUAUGCUUUCACCAGAGCCGAGGAUCUCUGGAAAGCUCUUUUCACCGGGGGACUGCUUAUUCUUGUUGGUUCCUGGGACGUGGCACUCUACUGUCUCAUCGCUUCUCCUCCCGCUUCGUUCUCAUGGAAAGGAACAUGGCGCUCAACUUAUCUUAACAUUCCUCCGUCGGAAGAGUGCAUCCUAGACUGCUCGAAUUUAUUCUCGGAUGUCCUGCACCGACCCUUCCACUGCGCCCAUAUAUCUUUAGAUCCCUAUAUUAAGAAUAUCCCUGCCCGCAACCAAAUUGCCCGUCUCCCCGAUCUCUCUUUUGAGGAUUUCAAUGAAAAAUGGAGCGACACGCCCUUCAUCUUGACUGAGCCUGUGAAACAAUGGCCAGCCUACAAGAACUGGUCCGUAAACAUGCUUUUGGAUCACUACGGCGAGGCUAUUUUCCGCGCAGAGGCAGUGGACUGGCCGCUCCAUACUUAUGUUGAUUACAUGCACAACAACUCCGACGAGAGUCCCCUCUAUCUGUUCGACCGGGCCUUUGUAUCAAAAAUGGGCCUCAAAGUCGGUCAGCCGGACCAGGAGCCUGACGCCACUUACUGGCCUCCCAGCUGCUUUGGAGAGGACUUCUUCUCCGUGCUGGGGAACGAUCGCCCUGACAGGCAAUGGCUGAUCAUUGGACCCGAGCGGUCUGGAAGUACCUUCCACAAGGACCCGAACGCUACCAGCGCCUGGAAUGCGGUUGUCCGUGGUUCAAAAUACUGGAUCAUGUUCCCAUCGUCUUCGAAGCUCCCGCCGCCUCCGGGCGUCUAUGUGUCAGACGACCAGAGUGAAGUGACUUCCCCUCUUAGCAUUGCUGAGUGGCUUUUCGGUUUUCACGCGGAGGCACGACGUAGCCCAGGCUGCAUCGAGGGGAUUUGUCACGAGGGCGAGAUUCUCCACGUUCCUUCGGGUUGGUGGCACUUGGUCGUCAACAUUGAGCCAGCUAUUGCCAUUACUCAGAACUUCAUACCCCGUGCCCACCUGAGCGCUGCGCUGGACUUCUUGUCUAACAAGGCAGACCAGGUUUCAGGUUUCAGAAAGGACGUUAACAAUCCCUACGAACGGUUUGUGGCGCAGAUGCAGAAAUCGCAUCCUGAGCUAUUGGAACAGGCGCAGGCAGAGCUGCAGAAGAAGAACGAGGGGAAGAAACGCAAGUGGGACGAAAUUGUGCACGGAAAUGCAGAGCAAGACGGAGGUGAUGCCGCCGAAGGAGGCGGGUUUAGCUUCGGGUUUGGAGAUGACAGCGAUGUUGAAGUCCCCUAA